CCUUCUGGUUCUUGACGGAUACAUUAAUAAGGUGGAGUUUUCUUUUUUGGCAUGAAUAGAAAGUCAAUUUUUUCGGGCGGUAGUCCUUCUUCUCCUUUAUUCCACACACACACAAAACACGACACACGAAAACCAUGACAGAAGAAAACGCGCACGAAAAGAAAUUCCAGUUCGACAUUGAAGAAAAAGCCUUAUGUUUUCAUGGUCCUCUAAUAUACGAAGCCAAGAUCCUUGAUCGACAAUGGAUGGACAGUAAUCCUGAUUUUCAAGGACCUUAUUAUUUCGUUCAUUACAAGGGUUGGAAGAGAACGUGGGACGAGUGGGUUCCUGAAACACGCGUAUUGCGAUGGACCGAUGCAAACUUGCAAAUGCAACAGAAACUGAAAGGACUUUAUACACAACAACAAAACAGUGACAAAAAACGACCAAGAGAUUCGGCAAAUACUGAAAAGGAAGAAGAUUAUUUGAACCGACCCGAAGUUCGAAUCGAUAUCCCGGAUACAAUGAAAGCACAAUUGAUUGAUGAUUGGGAGAAUGUUACCAAGAACCAACAACUUGUUGAAUUACCACGGAAUCCAACCGUAACAGAACUACUUGAACAAUAUCGAAAGCAAAAGCUGGAUAAAAAGGGAUCAAGUGGUACGGAGGAUUUGUUGGCUGAAAUCAUUGAUGGGAUCAAAGAGUACUUUAACAAGGCACUGGGCACUAUCCUUUUGUACCGAUUUGAACGACAUCAAUACGCUACGAUUCGGAAACAGUUUGCAAAGAAGGAGAUGGUGGAUAUCUAUGGUGCUGAGCAUCUUUUGCGGUUAUUCGUACAAAUGCCUUCACUCAUUGCACAUACUGACAUGGAUGCCGAUGCUACUGCUGUCUUGACGGAAUAUCUGAAUGAUAUUACAAAAUAUAUGCACAAGAAUCAAAAACAAUUCUUCUGCUCAGAAUACGAAAACGCCACUCCGGACUAUGUAUCAUUAACGAGUAGCAUUUAAAACUAUCCUCAUAACAUCAUCAUCAUCAUCAUCAUCAUUGCCACCAUCAUCCAACGUCGAAUCAAUCUCCAAGAACUUUUUGUAUAAUCCAUAUAUAAAAC